UUUAGUUUCAGAAUCCAGAUUGACAAACAUUCAAAAAUAAAACACAAAAAAGUUAAAAAGAGGAGAAAUGACUGCAUUGCAGAGCAACACAAAUGUAAUUGUAGCAAAUGGAGGGAUAAAAGAGAUAUUUUGUUCUUGACCACUACAGAUGCUCCAGAAAUGCAAGAUGUAGUUACAAGAAAAGGCACUGUGAAAAAACCUUCCACUAUACUGGAAUACAAUAAAAGUAAAUCUUUCAUUGAUGUCUCUGACCAAAAAACAGCAUAUGCAUCUACGAUUCAAAAAGGAAUCAAGUGGUACCGUAAAAUUAUUUUUGAGUUAUUAACAAACACGGCAGUUGUAAAUGCCCAUCUCCUUUUUAUUCAAGUCACAAGGGAGAAAAUGUCCAUUACACAAUUUCUUGAAGAACUGGUACUGGCUUUGACUAAACUAGAUGACAGGACAUCACAACGAACAGAAGCUAAUCACCGUCUCAAAGAUAUCAAGCAAAGUGGAAGGUGUUCAUCAUGCUAUAGAGAUAUUGCUAAAAAAUUUGGAUUGGCACAGGCUAUGGCUAAAAAGGUGUCCACAAACUGUAUUCCAUGCAAAGAUCUUAAUAAUUUUAUAUGUAGCAAAUGUUUUUUUGCUACUCAUACUGUUUCAGUAAAAAAGUAA